GCUGGAGCGUGUUCCCUGUUGGCCCCUCACCGCCGCUACACAGCCCCUUGUCUCCUUCAUCGGGAAUAGGGUGAGGGGGGUACCUUUCUCUUCUCCUUCUCCCUCCUAGGACGGCUAGCCAUUAGUGCCAAGGCCGAGGAGGGUAUCUAGAGAGAGGCUUCCAGGACAUUUGAAUUUGUGUCCUGGAGUCGCCAGCUCUGGACUGGCAGAUUCCUUCCUUCUUUCUUUUUCUCUUCUUUUCUCUUCCUCCUCCUCCUCUUCCUCUUCCAGCAGCAUCUCUCGCGGCAGGCUCCAGGGGGCAGAAGGAAGCUCCCUUUUCUUUUCCUACCUACUCGCUCCCCGCCCCCUCCUUUCCCCUCCCCUCCUCUCUCUUCCCCUCCCUUUCUCUUCGCUCUCCUCUUCUCCGCGCUAACUUUGCCGAGCCGGGCCCGUGCCGAGCUCCGGUGGCGGACUGCAGACAGAGGGCUGAGCGGGAGGCUCUGUCCCCACCCCACUCAAAAUUUUUUCACUUCCCCCUCCCCCCGGCUCCAACCCCAGUCCCGGUCCCAGCUCCGCGCCGCAGCCCUCGCUUAACAGCACUCCUCCGAGAAGACAGGACGAUGCCCGAGGCUGGGUACCAAGUCCCAGCCGCGGCGAGAUGGUUGGGCAGCGGGCUUUUGGGGAUAGCGUUGCUCUUGUUCCCUUGGUCUCUGGCACUGGAAGUCUCUGUAGGGAAGGCUACCACCAUCACAGCUGUAAAUGGAUCCGAUGUCCUGCUGCCGUGUACCUUCUCCACCUGUAUGGGCUUUGAGAACCUACAUUUCUGGUGGACGUUCAACAGCACAGAGGAAUACAAGAAUCUGCUUGAUGGAACAGUGAAGAAUGAAAAAUCAGAACCAAAGAUUAGGUCCAACAUUGACCCACGCAUUGAACUGGCUGGCUCUGUCAAAGAGAAAAAGAACAACAUCUCGAUUCUCAUCCAUUUCCUAGAGUUCUCCGACAAGGGAAAGUAUACUUGCCGUGUGAAGAAUCCCAAGGAGAAGAAUGCCCAGCAUGAAGCUACUAUUUCUCUCAUUGUUGUUGAAAAAUUGGUGGAAGUAGACAAUACUGUGACAAUCAUCAUCGUCUCAGUUGUGGGUGGUCUCAUUGGAUUUCUUAUUGUCUUCAUGUUGAUUAAGAAGUUCAUUACUUUCAUCAUUAAGAAGACCCAAGAAAAGAAGAAAGAAUGUCUUGUGAACUCAUCAGGGAAUGACAAUACCGAGAAUGGGAUGGCUGGCUCCAAAGCAGAACAGAAAGCAACACCAAAGUUGUAAACCUCCUGGCUCGAGGCCUAGGGGGAUACUGCAGUCAACUCCACAACUACAGAGUCUCUAUUUUUGUUAACAAAUCUGAUGCUUGGGCCGUGUCUAUAGAACCCACGUGCCUGUGAUGCCCGCUGCUUAGCUCAGACUGGAAUCCUCUAGGGGUGGGGAGCAAUGGGGCCGACUUAGACUGGCUUCCUUAGCUAUAGACUCUCACCCCUUUCCUCUCUUUUCUUCUCCUUCCAGGGAUGCAGAUGUCAGGCAAGAAGGAGAGAGGGGUCCAGGAGAAGCCCUGUAAUUGAAGGGGUGGAAGAGGGCAGGGAGAAGGAGCAUAGGAACACUGUGUGGAACUUAAGAGUUGGGAUGGCGUUAGAGAAUGAACCACCUUGAGACUUGGGUGUGUGCAUGUGAGGGUCUUCUCUUCCGGUCAUCCCUCUCUCUACCCUGAACUUUCUUCCCUAAUAUCUGAGAACUCUAUACUGGGAAUGGGCAAAUACCAAUGUUCUGGUCCCAUUGCAUCCCUUGCCUGACCCUGGGAUCUUCUGUCUCCUGGUCAAGGCAGGACCAUGGCCAGCUCAUUGGGAGCUCCAGUUCUGGGCCCCCUUCCCACUAUGAUCCCUUUCCUUUCCUUCCAUAGCAAGAGGUGUCAUCUUGCUUGGGGUUCUGAGUGCCUGUCUUCUUUUGUCUCCUUUUCCCCUCUCAUAAGACUUCUACUCUGUUCUGAUCCCCUUCAAUGGCUUCUUCUUUCCCCUCAUUCUAGUUGCCUCUACUUCCAAAGGCCUAUUCAGUCUUUCUCCCCUCCCCACUCCCCUUCCAAGUAAAGGACUCAUUCUCUGGAUAUCCUAAGAUCUUUUCUAUAGAGCUGGGGGUUGGGGAAAUGGAGGAGUUCCUGUGGUGCCAUGGGGCAUUGGCAGCCCUGAGCACUGAACUCUGGGAAUGGUCAUCUAGGCAGGAUUCAUCUUUGUUGGAUAUGGGGUUAGAAGGAGGAAUCAUUUUUGGUGUUGCUGCUUCUAGGCACUUUUAGGGAUAGAAUCUUCAAUUCUGCAGGGUAACUGGCUUAUUCUUACCCUGGAGUUGGAAGGAGAGUUCCAUGGGGCAUCCUCUCAUUGCCUCAGGUCUAGUUCUCUCCCAGAAAUGGGAAAGUUUCACUUCAGAGGCUUGAGUAAGGAAUUCUGAGCUGGGCCACUCUAUACCUUGAGUCUUUGGGAAGUAGGGAAAAGGGAGGAUUCUGGUUCCUUUGCUUGGAGUGAUGGUCAGGCAUGAAAUCCUUUGUCCUUUCUCUAAAUCUGUAGCUCAGGGGCCCAAGUUCCUGUAUUACUGAUAGAGAACUAGCCCAGACAGGGAUAGAGACUUUCUUUGAGUCCCAGUUCUCUAGGGGACUGGAAGCUCUCACCUAGCCUUAGUUCCCUGGUGCCUAAAUUCCCCAAUUGGGAAAGGCCAUGGCCUGUGCCCCAGGCCCAUUCCAUCCCACCCAUCCCUGGAAGCCCAUGUCUCUUGGUCAUGGCAGGACUAUGACUAAUUCAUUGGGAACACACAUCCUGUCCCCCACCCCACUGCCCCAAUCUCCUGGAUCCCCUUCUCUUCCUUUUUGGAGCAAGACUGCUGUGUUGCCGGGGACUCUGAGUAGCCUCUUCCCUUAUCUUACUUCCACUCUUUCUCCUUCUCUACCUAGUCAUCUCUCCCCCAUAAGUCUUCAUCAUUCUCCAUGCAUAUUCCCCAUGCGUGAUCCCCAAGUAAAGGGCUAGAAACUCUAGAUACAUGCUCCAUUUCUGGAGACAGACUUUAGAGUCCUCCCCUACUUGUGUUGAGAGAGGCUUAGGUUUGCUGGCUACCACCCCCUGCUUUAGCUUUAGGUGCUCAACCUCAACUUGCAUUACCCUCUCUCUCGGGGACUGGGAUGGAUCAGGGGAACAGGCACCCAUAAUUUUUUUUUUUUGUUCUAAGAAACUGGUAUGCACAUCCCUAUGAGUGGGGAUGUCUGUGCCUUAGACCUCGAUGUUUUAGCUUAUGCCCCAUCUCUCCUCUCAGACCUGUGUUUGCUGGGAGAUAGAAAGUUGCACCUGACAUGGGAGGCAGGAAGAGUCCUCUAAGCCCAUCUGGGCCUCACAUGGAGGGCUGUUGGCCUGGGAAAGAGAGGAGUGGGUAGGGCCUGGGAGCUUGUAAUCAGGAUGUUUCAGUUUGGUCCCUUGCCAAGCAAGGGUCUCAGUGACACCCGUGUGGUGCUUCUGAUGUAAGAGGGGUUUGGGGGAUGCGGGAUGGGAGUGAUUGAGGCAAGAGGGUGAGCUGGUGGUGGUUGAGCUCUGAGAAUCCAUAUGACUGUGCCUCAGAGGAGGAGGCAGAAAGGGCCCAGUGAAGAGACGGUGGUAGGGAUGGUGAUGGCAAUGUUAUUGGUAGUAACACUUGCACUUGGUUGCCUCAUUUAGAUUAGGCUCAUUUUCUGUGGUUUUCUUGGGAAGAACCAGAGUUUCUCAGUUCUUUUUUGCCAAGAAAGUACACAUGAUAGUUUCUUCUGGGGAGUUCCUGGCACAGAAUUUCCUAUUCCAGAGAAGAUAAAGGAAAUAAAGUCAGAGUUGGGAAGUAGCACCCAGCAGCAGGUUCUCUCCGUAGGUCCACUUUUUUUUAGGGGCCUAUAGCCUGGCUCCACUCACUAUAACCCUGGCUCCUUGUUGCCGCAUGUGUGGUGCUGUGCACCCUAUUUGGACUGGCCACUUCCCCCUUUCUGCUCCUACAGUUGCUCCAAUUCUCUCUUGCUUUGAUUAUGCCAGAUUUUAUCUACAAGUUCAGACUUUCAUGGGUGAGAAGCCCCUUAGGAGUGGACAGAUCAGGGCUUCCAACCAUCUAGCAAAUACCUCUUGUAGCUGCCUUCAUGGAAAAUGACUUCCUUUUUCCUUUCUAACCUCUGCAUUAAGCACAAGUAGAGAAAAUAAAAGAACUUGGGGUCUAGUAGUUUGAGAGGAAGGGAAAAGACAACAAACAUUUUCAUUCCCAGCCUUCCCACUUACUGGCUGGAUGACCCUGGGCAAGCCACUUACCUUUUCUGGGCCUCAGUUUUCCCCAUCUCUAAAAUGGGCAUAAUAAUACUUACCUACCUCACUGAGGUGUUGUGAGACUUGACCAGUUCUUGACUGUAAAAAAAAAAAAAAGUUUUGACUCAGGAGUACUGCAGGAGGCAGAGUAUUAUUAUCAGAGAGCUCGUUCAGAGGGUUCCUCUUCUUCAUCCUUGUCUUCCCUGCCACUGCACAUGCAUCCUUGGAAUUCUCUUCACUUCUAGGAUGUUCGCAAUGUUACCUGUAGGUUGUUUCCCAUGGCCUUGGCUAUGUAGCAGGAAGUAAAUGUAGAGCAUCCCCUUCAGUGUUAGAGAAAUUCCAUGGAAGGGAAGGAGUAGGAUAAAUGGUGAGGCUUCUGGGCUGGAAGGGGGCCUACUUUGCUGAGUUGUACUUGAAUUUUUAGAACUUAAAUUCACACAGCACUAAUAGGAUCUCUUGGGGCUCAGUAUCUUCCUCAGGAAAAGAACGUAACUGAACUAGAUCGGUGGCCUGCAUCUGUAGGCUGUGGUCCCAUGGGGGUGUUGUUUGGAGAUACUCUAGGGAGUAGCUACAGAUGCUGAAAGUACACUAGGAUGAUCACGCUAUUAUUGGGUGAGAUUCCUGCAAAGGUUUUAAUGUUCCAAAGGGGUCCUCAUCCUUAGAGUGAUUAGAAAUCCCUGGAUUAGAUGAGUUU